AUGAUUCCGAGGUGGCUGUUGCUCGUGGUCGGGCUCUUGCUGGCAUUUGCCGCUGGCCCGGCCGCGGCAAAGGGGGAUAAUCCCAAGGUGUCCUCUACCGAAUUCGAUAGCCCGCCCUCCGACUUGUUCUACUUCGACAGCAGCAACACGAUAGUCUGGCGAGACCCUCUCAAGCAGAAUGCUCUCAUCUCAUUCGAUGGAGGCAAAGAAUGGGAGGUCAUCAAGGGUGCUGAUGGAGAUAUGGAAGGUCAGGUCGCCGUAAUCUGGAGACACCCGCAUGAUAAGGAACACCGCGCGUACGCUCUUAGCGAGGGCACCACUCACUGGGUUACUACGGACCAAGGAAAGACUUGGAAACCGUUUGAGACAGGCGUUCAGCCGAGCUUGAAGCUCGGACGGUCUGCUCCUUUGAUGUUCAGUGGCUGGGAUCCCAAAAAGGUGAUCUUUCACGGCAAGGAUUGCUCUUCUUUCCCAUGUGUGAGGGUCACUAUCUAUACAACGGAUGACUUCAAAACUCAUAACACCUUGGAGGGCGCGUUCUUAUCAUGCCUUUGGGCUGCGGGUACUCCGGAGUUCGGGCAUGAUGUCAACAUGCCCGACACAAUUGGGGAUCGGGUCAUCUGUGUGACCCCCGGAUUGCGGAGUCCUUUCGAUAUGACGGAACGUUUGGUCUACUCCGACAGCUACUUCCGCGACGAUGCGCACGGCACCGAAAUCAACUUGGAUCGGGGACGGCCUGUCAGUGGCAGACAGAUCCUGAUUCGAUCAGUUAAGAAGUAUCUGGUUGUUGGACUUCAGUCAGCAAGCACCAUCGAACAAGCUCUUUACGUCAGCGAUGACUCUCACGAAUGGCAUCGCGUUGAAUUUGGUGGCCACCGAAUUGAAGAGGACGCGUAUACUCUACUGGAAAGCACUAAUUACAGUCUCCAAGUGGAUGUGCAGACAACAUGGGACUCGAAUCGCAUGGGUGUACUCUACACUUCCAACUCCAACGGAACCUACUUCACGCCCAAUAUCGAGCAUACAAACCGGGACAAGGAAGGAUUUGUGGAUUUUGAGAAGGUCACCGAUAUCCAAGGCAUUGUCAUUGUCAACACUGUCGACAACUGGAAAGAAGCCCUUGGCUCAGACGGGACAGAGAAGAAGGUUGUGACUGAUAUCAGUUUCGAUGACGGCAGAACUUUCCAGCAUCUCAAGGUUGGCGACGACAGAUUGCAUCUCCAUUCAAUGACCACCUACGAUGCACUCCGUGAGUUGCCAGUUUUGCGCCGAAUGUUUUCCAGCCCAGCUCCGGGCCUGGUCAUGGGCGUGGGCAACACAGGCGAGUAUCUGAAGGACUACAAGGACGGCGAUCUUUAUGUUUCGGACGACGCCGGUCUCACUUGGCGUCAUGCUCUGAAGGGCCCGCAUCAUUUCGAAUUCGGUGACCAGGGUGGUGUGAUUGUCGCUGUCACCAGCGAAGGCAAGACUAAGGAGGUUCAAUACUCUCUCAACCAUGGCAAAGAGUGGGAGACGCCCCUUGAGCUGAAGGAGGCUAUCAAGCCACUGUAUCUCACAACUACCCCAGACGCGACAAGCCUUAAAUUUAUGCUAGUCGGUGCCGCUGCUAAAGGCGUCGUGGUAUACUCGAUUGAUUUCGAUGGUCUUCACGAGCGCAAAUGCACCGACGACGACAUCAAGCCUUGGAUCGCUCGCAAGAAUGAGAAUGGAGAAGCCGAUUGUCUUAUGGGUCACAAGCAAGUCUACCAGCGACGCGACCCCGAUGCGGACUGCUUCAUGAAGAAGGAGUUUAAGAUGAAACCUCCUGCCUUUGAGCGAUGCAAGUGCUCUGCUGAGGACUUUGAAUGUGACUACAACUUCAAGCUUAGUGAAGAUGGCAAAGAAUGCGUUCCAGCCGUUCCUUUGACUCCUCCGACGGGCCAAUGCAAAGACCCCAGCGAUACCUACAAGGGACCCUCGGGCUGGCGACUCAUCCCUGGAAAUGUCUGUAUCCGCGACGGUGGAGAGAACCUUGACAAAGAGGUUGAACGAUCGUGUGGAGACUCCACUGGCUCUCCACCUCCCAUCGCUGAUGGCAAGGUUCGCGCCGGUGAGCCGCAUUACUUCUCCGUCACAGGCAUGAGUACCCACAACUACAAGGAAUACUUCUAUCUUGAGCGACAGACGAGUAACCAAGGAGACGAUGAGACCAUCUUCAUGCUCACGAACGAGAAGGAACUUUACAUGACACAAGAUCACGGCAAGACUUGGGAACAGCCCAAAGCGCUCAAGGACGAGAACAUUGUAGCGAUCGCCCCUCAUCCGCACUAUGUUGAUGGUGCUUACUUCCUGACCAGCGGCUUAGAUGGCUGGUCAACUGUCAAUCGUGGAGCCAGUUUUGACAAAUUCAAGAAGCCCACUAAGUCUAUGUCGAUGUACACUUCUCCCUUGUCUUUCCAUGAAAAGCACAUCGACUGGAUGAUGUGGGUCGGCAACGAUGAGUGCGAGGGCAGUUCCUGCACUUACACUGCGUGGUAUACCAAGAAUCGAGGUGAUGAAUGGCACAAGAUGCUCCGUGGUGUCGACCAGUGUCAAUUCGGAUACCAUGAUGGUCGGGAGAACAGCGAAACACUCAUUCUUUGCGAGCAGUACUUCGAAGAAGAUCGGAAGAACAACCGUCAGCUGGUUUCCAGCAACACCAAGGACGACUGGUUCGCAAACCCCAAUGUUAUUAACGACAACAUCGCCCACUUCGUUACAAUGAAUGAGUUCUUCGUUGUGGCUACCUUCCCGACUGAAAAGCAUAAAUUCCUGAAUGUCAGCACCAGCAUGGAUGGCCAGACCUUUGCCCAGGCCCACUUCCCCAUCAAUGUCGAUGUCAAUCAAUACACCGCGUUGCCUGGCUCCAACUACGCUUUGUUCCUGCAGGUGGUGAUCAACACGGAGAAGGGUCGCAGCUACGGUUCCUUGGUCAAGAGUAACAGCAAUGGUACAUAUUUCACCCUCAGUCUCCAGGGGCUGAAUGUCAACGAUUUUGGCUACGUGGAUUUCGAGAAGAUGGCUGGCCUCGAGGGCGUCGCUCUCGCCAAUGUUGUCGGAAACAUCAAGGAUGUGCAGGACAAGGGCGCAAGCAAGAAGCUGCGUUCUAUGAUCACGCACAAUGACGGUGGUCAGUGGGCGCUAUUGGCCCCGCCCUUGGAGGACGCUGAGGGCAAGAAAUUCGAUUGCUCCGUCACCAAGGGCCAGGGCACCGAGAAAUGCGCUUUGCACCUCCACGGUUACACAGAACGCCGCGAUGCCCGUGAUACCUUCUAUUCAGGAUCCGCUAUCGGCAUGCUCAUCGGCGUGGGUAACGUAGGUGAAUAUCUUGGCAGUUCCGAGGACGCCGAUACUUUCCUGAGCCGAGAUGGCGGUGUCACCUGGAGGAAUGUCAAGAAGGGACGGUACAUGUUCGAGUAUGGAGACGCCGGGUCUCUGAUCGUGCUUGUCCGCGAGCUGCAACCGACUAAGGUUGUUCACUACAGUCUAGACGAGGGCGCCACUUGGAGCGAAUUCCAAUUCGCGGAUAAGGAAAUGAUCAUCGAUGAUAUCUCGACUGUACCUUCCGACACAUCCAAGCGCUUCCUGUUGUGGGGUAAGGAUGCCAAAUCCUCUGACAACAAGUUCGCCACAAUUAGUCUUGACUUUAGCGGUAUUUGGGAUCGUGAGUGCGAAUUGGAUGAAGAUGCGGGUGAAAGCAAAGACUACUAUUUGUGGGCUCCUAAGCAUCCAGCUCUGGAGGCACAGGGAGACGACGUUUGCCUGUUCGGACAUGUCGAGCAGUAUUACCGCAAGAAGCCCGAAGCCCAGUGCUGGAUUAAUUGGCGAGAGCCGCACAUUCACCGAGUCGGCUCAAAUUGCGAGUGCACCCGUGCAGACUUUGAAUGCGAUUUCAACUACGAGAUGCAGAGUGACGGCAGCUGUGGUCUUGUGGCUGGGCUUCCCAAGCCCGAUCACAGUGAGCAGUGCAAAAACGAUCCCGAGUUGGUUGAAUACUGGGAACCCACGGGUUACCGCAAGAUCCCGCAAUCAACCUGCGAGGGUGGUCGUCGUUAUGACCAGGUCGAGCCUCGACCGUGCCCCGACAAGGAACAAGAGUUCGAGAAGAAACACGGCAUCAGCGGCGUUGGUCUAUUCUUCGCCAUUGUGAUACCCAUCGCCGUGGCAGCCGGAAUCGGCUACUACGUCUUCACUAGAUGGGACGGCAAGUUCGGACAGAUUCGCCUGGGUGAGGGUGGAUCGGUCACGACCGAAGGCCUGUUCGGUCGCGAGUCUGCGCUGGUCGCAAUUCCGGUUGCUGUCAUUGCUGGUAUCGUUGCAGUUGCCCAGUCACUUCCACUGCUAGCUACCAGUCUAUGGCGUAGUGUUAGUGGAAUGGUGCGCGGUCGUGGCCGUGGCUACCAGCGACCUUAUAACACUCGGGGCUCUUUUGCUGCCCGUCGAGGCGACUACACACAUGUGGUGGACGAUGAGGAUGAAUUGCUCGGUGCGGAUGAAUUCGAGGAGGAGGAUGAGGCGUAG